AUGCUUCUUCGUCAUCGUGAAUGGGAACAAAUAACACUUCUUCGUCAUGUAACUCAAUCACUUGAUCAAAUAAAUGAUGAAGAUAUAAAAAAGAAUAUUCUUUGGGAAGAAAUAAAUUGGUUAAAUCAAUAUUGGGCUCAACCUCCACCAAAAUCACGUAUAGCUGAAAAAUAUUGGCAAAGACUAUUUCGACAUUCAAAAACUUCAACAAUUCAUAUAGAUGAUGAAUCAUGUUUCAUACUUUGA